UUACCAGAGGAAGAAAAAAAAAAUAAAAGUAAAAAGUUGGGAUAAUUGAACUUUGAGGUUUUGAGAAAAAUGGAUCAGAUAUUGAACAAGGUAGGUUUCUAUUGGCUGAGCCAGAAGGCCAACAAGGAGAUCAAUCCCGUCGGCGACGAUAUCAACUCAUUAUUGACCAGCAUUGAAGGCGGAGCCAAAUGGUUGGUUAAUAAAAUCAAAGGUUUGAAAAUGCAAAAGCCAUUGCCAGAGCUGUUAAAACAGUAUAACCUGCCAAUAGGUAUCUUCCCUCAUGAUGCCAUAAACUACGAAUUCAAUGAAGACACAGGAAAGCUUACUGUUUUUUUUCCAACAAUAUGUGAAGUGGGAUAUAAGGACUCAUCGGUCCUGGGCUUCUUCACCGCUGUGACUGCGUAUCUGAAGAGAGGAAAGCUAGCAGAUAUAGAGGGUAUGAAGACAAAAGUGAUGAUAUGGGUGAAGAUAACCUGUAUCUCAUCUGAUGGAUCAAAGCUUUAUGUCAAUGCCGGAAUGAAGAAAACCAGGAAUAGAGAGGCUUAUUAGGUUUCUAG